UAUAAAAAGGUUAGCAUUUGUGAGUAUUUGGUGGCAUAUCCCAAAGUCUUCCAACUCAAAAAAAAAACAAAAGAAGAAAAAGAUUUGGUGAGAAGGGGAAGACUUUCAGACAGAGGGAGAGAGAUGGGAAAUGUUGGAGAGAUUGAGGAGAUAGAGAAAUGGGUUUCACCAGCUGCAAACAAAAGAUCAAUGCCUCUUCUGUCAUUAAACCAUGUCUCAUUUGUUUGCAAGUCUGUUGCUGAGUCUGUUAGAUUUUAUGAGGAUGUUUUGGGUUUUGUACUCAUUCAGAGACCUUCUUCUUUUAACUUUGAAGGAGCCUGGUUGUUCAACUAUGGAAUUGGAAUCCAUUUGCUUGAAGCAGAAGAUGUCCCGCACAAGAAAGGUCCAAUCAAUCCAAAAGACAAUCACAUUUCCUUUCAAACCUCAGACAUGGAUCUUGUAGUGAGGAACUUAGAGGAGAAGAACAUUGAGUAUGUAACAGCAGUUGUGGAAGAAGGUGGCAUUACAGUUGAUCAGCUUUUCUUUCAUGAUCCUGAUGGCUACAUGGUUGAGAUUUGCAAUUGUCAGAAUCUUCCAGUUCUCCCACUUUCUGCUUGCCCUCUCAAGCUACCUAAAGCAGCAAAUGGGAACCUCACACCACCACCGUUAUAUGGAAACAGAAGCUGGGAGAUGGCAUGCUCUGGAGGAGUUGCAUCCCUGAUGAUGGACAACUUUGUGGCAAACAUGAUGGAUAUAUCCAUAUAAGACACUGAUCAAUGCAAGUUUUGAUCGAGCACUCAAAGAUGUAGAUCAAAAGAAAAUUGUUUUGUUUUUUUUUGUAUACAUAUUAUGUAGAAAGAGGGGGGGGGUGAAAGCUUUGUAAUGCAUGUGAGGAAAAUGAGUUACAUAGGGUUAAUCUUUGCUGCUUUUGGUUGUGAGGAGUUUUUUUCUCAAAGUUCCAUUGAAACAAUGUGCUUAUUAUAUUGGUUUGGUUUGAUUA